AUGGAUAAAGCGAACAAACUAAAAGAUUUGGAAAAUCGAUCGAGACGAAACAACUUAAGAAUAGACGGACUACACGAAACACCAGGAGAGAAUUGGGAUGAUUGCGAAAAAGCAGUAAAAGUAAUGAUUAAAAAACAACUUAAAAUAACAAGUGAAGUGGUGAUUGAACGAGCUCAUCGUAUCGGUCAACACAAGCAUAACAAACCAAGAACAAUAGUCUUAAAACUCUUAAAUUUUCAGGACAAAAACAAAAUUCUCAACGCAGUAAAGCACCUUAAAGGAACCGGCCUAUACGUUAAUGAAGACUUCGCUCCAGAAACAACUGAACUCCGAAGAAAGCUUUGGGAAGAAGUAAAAAAACUACGCAGCGAAGGAAUUCCAAUUGUUCAAGAAAAUAAUUUUUCCAACGUUGAUGCUACUUUAGAUGCUGUAAAAGUUGCUAAUUAUCUUGAACAAUUACAAAAUGGCACUGAAGAAAAUAACGCAACUCGCAGUUCGUUACAAAGCAACACUUCUAUUUUGGAAGCAGAGUUGUUCGUAAUAAUCAGCUUUCAUAUUUAG